GAUCUGCCGCCGACGACAGAAAAAGACACAAAGAAGACAACGCGUCAUUGGUCAGAAUGUGUCGGGCAGCGCUUCCUAUUGGCUGGCUGCUUUGCCGCGCCAGUAUAGGCGAGAAACAGCGCGCGCGACGAUUCAUCCGCGUCCAUCUUUUGUCUUUUUGAAAGUUGAACCGGGAGAUGGAGAUAAAGUUCAGUUGAGGUUUGGACUUCAGUCAACGACCGGCCACCACGUUAUCCGGUGUGAAGCUAACGAAGCGAGGGGAGCUAACGGUUAGCUGUUCUCAGCGCGCUGUUUCCGGCGCUGAGUGGCCGUUAAUAGUGCCUUUUUGUCGGCGACAGCAGCGAUGAGCUGCCCGGUGAAUCUCCAGGACCUCCCGUCCGGAGUGCUGGAGGCCGCGAGAGGACGGCCCUUCAGGAACUCUCUCCCCACGUUGAGUUUCCCCAGAUCCAGAUCAGCUCUGUGGGACGGAAGAGCAGCAGGAGAGAAGCUCCGCCUCCAGCUCUGUGCUCGCAGGAAGCCCUGCCUCCUCCUGAUGGAGAGAGCUCUGCGUCUGGCUCAACGUCACGCCCACCACAGCAACAAGCCCCGCCUCCUGAGUUUCCUCCUGGGGUCAGUGAGCGUCGACGCAGAUGAGGAGGGGCUCACCGUGACCCUGGACCGGUUCGAUCCGGGUCGGGACCAGGCCGGAUCCUGCAGGGUCCCGUCUGCUCCGCUGCCCGGAGACGUCCUGGUUCCCUGUUGGUUUUCCACGCAGACCGAGCCCCCUGAGGCCCUCGUCCAAUCAGAGGCAGAGCUUCACCUGAGCUUCAAGGCGUUGCAGCAGUGUGUGAGCAGCAGACAGGCUCUGGACCUGUCUCAGCUGCUGCAGGUCAGAGGUCACGUGUCCGUGUCUCUUCAGGCUGAUGCUGCGUCCUUCGUCCUCCGCUGGUCGUCCGUCUGUCCCUCUGUGUCCGUGGAGGUGCAGCCGGUCCGCCCGCUGCCCGUCAUCCCCACGGCGCUGCUGAGGAGCCUGACGGGGGUCCAGCGGGGCCCUGCCCCCGCCAGCCGGCAGAGGGGGUUUCUGACCAUGGACCAGACCAGGAAGCUGCUCCUGCUGCUGGAGUCGGACCCCAAAGCCUCCAGUCUCCCGCUCGUCGGCCUCUGGCUGAGUGGCGUGGCCCACGCGUCCAACCCUCAGGUGUGGGCGUGGUGUGUGAGGUACCUGUACAGCAGCUCCCUCCAGGACAGGGUCCUGUCAGAGACGCGCUGCUUCCUCCUCGUCCUGUUCGCCUCCACACACAGAGCUCCUCAGUUCUUCCAGUGUCGAGGACCUGGACCUGGACCGGCACCACCGCUGGACUACCAGCUGCUGACCGCCUCCCAGUGCGUCACACUGUACCAGGUGGUCCCGGGGGAGGACCGGGCCCUGCGGUGCGAGCUGGGCCCAGAGGAGCGCAGCAGGCAGGCGGAGGUGUUCCGAGAGGCCCGCACCUCCUUCAGCGGGGCCCGGGGCUCUGGCGCCGGGGACCAGGACUCUGGCGUGGAGGACUUGUCCCCACGGCCGUCCCCGAGCCCCCACCCCCCACCCCCACAGACUCGCAGAGUCCAGCCGUCUGUUCCGGAGCUCUCUCUGCUGAUCGACGGCAGCGUCGCGACCAAUCGGAACGCUCGGCAGGACCCUGGGCCCGCCCACAGAGACCCUCCUGCUCCUCCCACCAGAAACACCACCACCUCCUCCGCCCCCAGAGCCGCUGCUCCUCCUCACCUCCACAGCACCCCCAACUCCAACCUGCAGGAGCCCUGCUGCUGCUGCUCCACCCACACCUACGACUGCACCUCCAUCUUCUCCUCCCCAGGACUCCACCCUGCUCCAUCACAUCACCCUCCUCCUCCUCCACCCAGUCUCCACCCUCCUCCUCCUCCUCCUCCUCCAUCCAGUCUCCACCCUCCUCCUCCUCCUCCAUCCUCCCAUCACCCUCCUCCUGCAUCCAGUCUCCACCCUCCUCCUCCAUCCUCCCAUCACCCUCCUCCUGCAUCCAGUCUCCACCCUCCUCCUCCAUCCUCCCACCAUCACCCUCCUCCUCCUCCACCCAGUCUCCACCCUCCUCCUCCUCCUCCAUCCUCCCAUCACCCUCCUCCUCCAUCCAGUCUCCACUCUCCUCCUCCAUCCUCCCACCAUCACCCUCCUCCUCCUCCUCCACCCAGUCUCCACCCUCCUCCUCCUCCUCCAUCCUCCCAUCACCCUCCUCCUGCAUCCAGUCUCCACCCUCCUCCUCCUCCACCAUCCUCCCAUCACCCUCCUCCAUCCAGUCUCCACCCUCCUCCUCCUCCUCCAUCCAGUCUCCACCCUCCUCCUCCUCCAUCCUCCCAUCACCCUCCUCCUGCAUCCAGUCUCCACCCUCCUCCUCCACCCAGUCUCCACCCUCCUCCUCCAUCCUCCCAUCACCCUCCUCCUCCACCCAGUCUCCACCCUCCUCCUCCUCCAUCCUCCCAUCACCCUCCUCCUCCACCCAGUCUCCACCCUCCUCCUCCUCCAUCCUCCCAUCACCCUCCUCUUCCAUCCAGUCUCCACCCUCCUUCUCCUCCAUCCUCCCACCAUCACCCUCCUCCUCCAUCCAGUCUCCACCCUGCUCCUCCUCCAUCCUCCAUUCCACCCCUGUCCUCAUGUCAGCGUACUCCAUCUCCCUUCUCCACCCGCCCUCCUCUCAGCUCUCCCCUCCUCCUCCACCCUCCUCCCGCCUCGUGGUGUGGUGACUCCCCCUCUCCAGCCCCCUCCCGCCCCUCCUGUGUGAAUGUGUGCUGUGACCAGGUGGGGGUGGGGGUCCCACCUGACACCUACCAGCUCCUCCUCCAUCAGGACCAACAGCUUCGGCUCCUGCAGGCGCAGGUCCAGAUGCUGCUGGAGGCUCAGGGGAGACCAGCACCCAGGACCGCCAGCAUCGCUGUGGGGACAGGAGCCAGUCUGUUCUGGGGAGAUCCGGUCCAGUCGCCCCUCCCCCACCAGGAGGUACAGGCUCCUCCCCCCUCCUCCUCACACGUCGACCUGUCCACCAUUGGGUCUGUGGGCGGAGCCAACGUCCUUGAGGCCGUCGGCUCCCCCGGCGGUCAGCACAGGUGCAGUGUCAGCGGUCUGGAGAGCCCAGUUCUGGGAGAGAGUGCCAGCAUGUACGGAUCUGAAGGAGAGCAGCGGCGCUUCUAUCACGACCUGAUGAGCCAGCUGAGCAGUCGGCUGCAGGAGUCGGACAGGAAACAGGAAGUGGAAGACGAGUCCGGCAGGAGGCGCCAGAGGAAGCCGAGCGCUGGAGGAGACCCGGUGCUCAAAGCCACCGUGAGGCAGCUGCAGCAGCUGGGAGUCCACCUGGACCACGGACACCUGAACGAGUCCCAGACCAGGACCCAGCAGACCGUGGAGAGCAGCAGCACGCUGGCGAGCAUCAACCCGGCGGCGGUUCUGUCCCGGCUGAGCGUGCCGGACGCCAGCCUUCUGGUCCCUGAAGGCAGCGUGGACCUGAGCCUGGAGGCCAACGCCAUCGCCCUGCGCUACCUGAGCGACUCGCAGCUCAGCAGGCUCUGCGUGGGAGGCCACGCCCCCUCUUGUCCAGGCCCCGCCUCCAACCACUCCCCGCUGUCACCGAGCAACAUGUCUCUGGCCACCAGGAAGUACAUGAGGAGAUACGGCUUGAUCGAGGAGGAGGAGGAGGAGGAGGCGACCGCUCGCCAGCCGCUGAACGUGAAGCUCCUCCCACAGAGUCAGCUGAUCCGGGACCUGCGGCCCACAAUGCAGCUGCUGGCGGGCGCCGCCCACAAGGAGAACCGCUCCAGCAGGCGGCCAUCUUUAAUGAGGGCGAGCGGCUCGGUGGGGAACAUCCUGGACCUGCAGCGCCUCCGACAGCUGCCCAAGCUCUUCUGACCGGGCCUGGUCUCCUCUGGUCCGGACCAGGGCAGUCUUUGGACUGGUUUCACUUUCAUCAGACGUGUGUUUUACACUUCCUUGUUUUUAAUAUUUAUUACACAAAUAAAAUGAAUACUUGAUAUUAA